AACACGCGCACGCCGCACAUCUUUUACAGCACAAUUUUGAACUUUGUUACUUUUCGUCUUAAUUUUUUCCGUCUACCCCCAUUUCGCAAGGCGCGAUAAGGAACUUCGUUCCAAUAUCUCAGCAUAGGCUUAGUUUAGAAUUUACUUGAAAGUUGCAAUUGUAUUACAAUUUAUACAAAAUAUUUUUAAUUGGUUUAUUAAACUGUUACUAUCGUCAAAUAUAACUAUUAGCAAGUUUUAACAGCGCUCCAAUUAGUUUUAACGACGCUUGGAAUAUCAAUUAUUUAAAUCAACAGUAGAGGAAACCAAACUGUUUCAAUGGAAACUUACAUAAAAAUAUUUAAAAUAUGGCUGCUAGUGUGUUUAUUCAGAACAACGAUGGGCAGUAACGGUGAUGUUUCUUCUUUUCAACUACUUGCCAGACUGUCUUUUCCGACUGUAGAAACUAAACCAUACAACAUGCCAAGUACCAAAGAAAUAGAUCCAAGACAGAGUUAUGCAGAGGAGAAAUUCGACAAUCUUCUGAAGUAUACCAGUUUCAUGAACGCUCGCCUGAAAGAACCACACAAUCCCGCAGAACGAAAAGACAUCCUUGAAACGGGACAAAAGAAGCUAUUCGCUUUCAUAGACACGCACAUAAAAGAUCUCAAGAGGUUGCUCUUUGCGACGGACAUGGCGCUAAUGUCGAUGGUCUUACUGAAGUUGAACAAGAAGAUGGACACGUCGGAGGCGAAAAUAAAAUCUACGCAAGCGAAGAUUCCGUUCGGAUUGUACACUAGUCCGGAAUUCAAAUGCCUCGGCACAUCAUACUACAUUGCGUCAGCUCACAACCAGGAAGACGUCCAGAUGAUUCUCUCUAGUGAGAGGAAACCUCAUUGCUACACUUUUAGAGGUGCGUUCGCUUUCUCCGGCUUCUACCACCGUCACUCAGAGACCACGUAUGUUGGACCACAUGCAGAACAGUUCCAAGCGAAGGAUCCGAGCCAAGGCUUGUACUGCCAUUCCGAUGAUAACUGGAGCGACGCUCAGUGCAUUUAUAAGAUAAACCCUAGAGAGGAGUUUCCAGAGUCCGUAGAAUACGAGCCCAAGGUCUCCUACUGGUGUGGCCCGUACCGAUACUUUAUCCCAGCCACCACAGACAUUCGCUGUAUCUUCUCCAUCUUUUCCAUGAACUUCAUCUUGAGGUUUGGUUACGAUGGCGUCACUUAUAAGAGCUCCGAUUUGUCUUUUAUGUACCAAAACGGACAGGUCUUCUACACGGACGAACCCUGGGCCGGUAUGUCGUGUUGGAACUGGGCUUGCAAGUGGCGACACAACCAGAAUCAACGGUCUAACGAAUUUUUCGUGAACUAA